CAUACAGCACACAGCGUUGCAGUGUCCGACAAUUCCGUGAAUUCACUCAAGGUGAAUUUCUAGAACUAAAAAAAAAAAAAAUUAGAAAAAAAAACAAGGAAAUGAGAAAACUAAACAACUCGGGCCAAAAGUGGAACGGAGAAAGGAGAUGAUAUAAACAACUGGUGUGUGCGUGUGGGAUAGACGUGAAUAUUUUUUACCCAACCCAAUUAUAAUUGUGGUUUGUACGCAAAUUGUGGUGUUAAAGGUUGAGUCCGGUAUAGCCGGUCAAAUAAAUAUGUUGUGAAAAGGGGCAGAGGGGGUAAGAAGAAAAAAAAACAGGAAAAUUAGUUCUAGGAGGAGGUAAAAACGGUGGCUGGGGAUAUUGAGACAUUCUGAUUGUGUCGCCUGCACGUCAACUUUUCAUUGGUGUUAACGACGCAGGAGGUGACUGACGUUGAUUUUUCAAGCACUCGGUUAUUAAUCCAUCUUUCAUUUUUCGUCGGGUAGCCUCGAUUUUCCCCCAUUUUUUGUGUGAAUUUAUGGGCCUCGUUCUUGUGAUUGCGACGCGACGAACGUGGAGACAUGACAACGUGAUAGAAGACAGAAACACAAAUGUUUUCUGUACGUUUGGUGACUGCGGACAGCUAUCAGGCACAACCGCUGCCUCAGCUGGAUCCCACAUUUUCCGUAUUUCGUGGCUCGGAAAUUAAAAAUGUACCCGUCAUUAGGGUAUUCGGAACUACACCUACAGGGGAAAAAACGUGUCUACACGUGCACGGUGUAUUUCCAUAUUUGUACGUACCCUACACGGGUGAGGAGAAUGAGGAUAGGCUUGCAUAUAGACUAGCAGCAUCACUCGAUGCUGCAAUAAAUAUAUCACUGGGCAGUGCCAAUUCAACGACUCAACACGUUUAUCAAAUUCAGAGGGUAGCUGGAAUACCGUUCUAUGGCUAUCACAAAAGGGAGCAUCAGUUCUUUAAAAUAUCGUUUUACAACCCAGCUAUCAUGAAGAAGGCCGCUGAUUUAUUGCAAACUGGGGCGGUGCUAGGUCAAAGUUUACAGCCGCACGAGGCCCACCUCAACUACACUCUUCAAUUCAUGAUGGAUUAUAAUUUGUACGGUAUGAGCUUCAUAAAUCUAUCAAGUGUUAAACAUCGUCGUGGAAAUGAAUCAACGGUGGACAUGAUAACGUCCUAUGACAGCGUAAUUACACCAGUGGACAAUGUCGAAUAUCUCCCAGUUAAUGUUUUACGCCAGAGUAUCUGCGAACUCGAGAUAGACGCUAUUGCAUCAGAUAUAUUAAAUAGGGAAGAUUUGGCAAAGGGAAUUGAGCUGAAUCCGGGAUUGUUGGCUAUUUGGAAUGAGGAGAGGGAGAGAAGGAAACAAGCGGGUCUUGGGGGUGGUGAUACUCAGCUUGUUAAUCCAAAGAGCCCACAGAGGCCACCAUUCCGUCCAACCGAUAGUGAUCUUUAUCAAGAGCAAAGACUUGCCCGCCGUCUCCUAAUGCUAUCCCAGGCCGAUGAGAGCACACUUUCAAUGAGUACAAAUCCAGCUCCAUAUCCGGCUGAAGUAACCCAGGGUGAUGUUAUAUUAAAUGCAUCAAAUUUUGGUAGUUUGAGUAUACCAACUUCUGAUAAAACUCAACGGCCAAAUGAAACUCUGAGUUUAAGCUCCCUAGGAUCCACUCACUCCUCCCAAACUUCCCACGAAUGCAGUGUUUUGGAUUCUGAUGAUCUGCCAUUAGUGGAAUUACUGGAGAAUUUAGCUCGUGAUUCGAAUACCAAGGAAACAGUGGAUGAGGAUAGUGUAUUGGGCACCCAGGUCUCUUCCCUGAGUCAAGAGGAGGACAAGAGUGAGGAUGACAGUUGUACGAAUGAGGAUUUGAACCUCACGUGUCUGGAAUUGGACUCUUGGAGUUCGUGGGAGGGUGGAAGGAGGCCCACUACCCUUGAAUCACCCCACAAAUGUUCACUAACAGACGACGAAAUGGACUCAACUCUUUUGGGUGCCCUUCUCGCUGCCGGAAUAGACACUGAUCCCUCCUCACCGCAAUCCCUUGAGUCGUCGGUGCCCCAGCUGGAUGGAGCUGGUGACCUCUGCUCGAGUCUUCUCGACUCCGAGGAGGAGGAGAAUUUGCAGAUGGAGGUAGGGCACAACUCCCAGAUGACGAAAAUAGCAGUGUGCAGUCAAGUGACUCCCUCCAACUCCAGCCUGAGCCCCUCGACAUCGUCCUCAGCCUCGGAGGGUACAAGCCAGGACUCCUGGGGCCUCAAAUACAGUCCAAUCACCUACGAACAUCUCACUGACGACCUCGUCGAUGAUAUUGAGAACAUGAUGCACGAGAAUCUCAUGUUAGAAAUGAAUUUCACCAACGAGGAAGUACCAGUUGGUGUGAGCUUGGUAGAAGACGAGACAAUUCCCAUCGAGCGUGUCCUCAAUGGGGAUCCAUGCUUCACAGAAACAGCUGAACUCGAUAAAUCCGAUCUCACUGAACUCCAAGACCAAUACGUCAGCUUACUCGACAGACAAUUACUCUCGGAGAUUUACGAAAACUCGCAGAAUCUAGAUCUCAUCAAUAAUACUGCUACCGAGGAUACAGGAAAUUGUCAAGUGGGUGGGCAAGGAAUUGACUUUGUACAAGCCGAGUGUGUUAUCCAGAAUGUGCAAGAAACUCAUCGUGAAUUAUGUAAACAAAAUACGGGAAUUGAUGCGAGUGCGGUUGAUGAGAAUUGUGAACAAGUAAACAGACACACGAGUGACAGUUCGGAUUACAAUUGCAAUGUGGUGGCAACGUGGGAGGAGCUCCAUGAUUUUCCUUAUUUGCCAAAGGGUAUAAUUAAAAGAAAGUGUACUCAGAAGUUGAGUAAUCAGGGGAUUGAGAGAAGAAAGAGUAAAGUAACAGCUAAGAGUGAGGUGCAGAGCUGUUCUGGAGAGGUUUGUGAGGGCCCCAGGGAGCCUGUUGAGGGAAAUACAUUGGGCUCAUUGAAAAUUCAAGGCAAUCAGUUGCGUGAGAAUCUCAUGGAUGUGAGGGUUUUCCCGAGGGUUCAGUAUUCACCAUAUUUAUUGGGUGAGAAUGAAACGCUAGUGGCCCCCAUUCUUGCUGAUUUUGAGGAGCUGACUGAGCCUCUAUCACCGGGCGAUGUUCCUCUGACAUCCAACUACUGCUCUGACAGAUCACACAGGGGUAUUAUCUUCGGUGAGGACCAACACAGACACUGUGUUUAUUCAUUCAAUCACCGAAAAUUCGUUCAGGACUACGUGUUCACAUCCAAUGAAAUCUGGGUAAUUGAAAAGCGUAAGAGAGGUAAAGCGGGUACAGGGAGUGUAAUUACAUCGAAAUUGUGUAAUAGGGAGUGUCGACUGCCGUGUGUAUUGCUGGAGAAAAUUAACAUCGAGGAAAGUGAGGAACAGGGUGAAAAUAUUGAAGUGGUUAAGGACUUGGAUUCAAUUAGUUCAGCACUCCCACCGGAUGAUAGUGCGAGAAAUGAUCUGGAUUAUUGUACACCUGGGGUGGAUUCAAUCGAUGUGGAUGUGUCAGUGGAUGAUACGAGAAAAGAAAGAAAUACAUUUACCAGAAUUACGAGACAAUCUGAACGCAAUUUCAUUCAAUCGCAAAGUUCUACGGAGAGUGGCGACGGUCCAGUGAUCAUACGACGAGUAUUCGAGGAGAAAACUAGUGGUUCGACUUGUGUCAAGAAACGUAAAAUUAUUUUGAAAGUCGGUAGUAAUACCGACUCGCAGUCCGAUGAUUCGAGAGUCGAGGAUAAGUCCAAAGUUUCCUUGAAGACGAGACGAAAAUUGAGACGAGUCAAGGAUAAAGUGCCUGCAAAUAUGGCUGUUGAAGAUUCCCAGGAAUUAGAAAAUGAGAUAAAUGGAUCAGCGUCAGUGGGCGAUGUACAGUGCAUCAGACAAGUUUUACCGGUGGUUGAGUCCUUGAAAUCAACCAGUCGUCCGAGAAUAGUUUGCAGCAUCAAAACAAAGAGACUCGGCAUGAAGUGGCUUCUCUCAUUGACGUCGAAACAUCCCAGGAAAAUCAAUCAGAUGGUACAAUCAAAAUUACCCACACCACAACCACAAAUUCGGAAAGUGGAAACAAUAACGCAGAGGUAUAAACUACGUGUUCGUAGGCGAGAGCCCGAGGGUAAAUCGAUAGUGGAACCGGUGGAAGAUGAAAAAGUUGAGGCAACAACUUGCCACGUAACAGCCGAAGUGGAGGUCAAUAAUUCACCGGUACUGGCUGGUUUGAUACACGGUGUGGAUGUUGCUAAGGGUGAAUCUGAAGAAAUAGAGCCAUCGGUAUCGGGGGAUAAAAUUCCAGUGACUAACGAUGAGACCACACCUGUCUACACAAACACUGUGGCAGAAGUGAAUUUGUACUCGGGUAAGGAUUACACGAUCGAUGCUGUCAGCCAGGAAAUACCCCAGUUACUGUUUGCCGAGGACUCGAAUGCCUCCUUCAACGAAAAUACAAUCAACAUGAUGAGCUUGAAGAGAUCUGUCGAUGAGAUUGAAGCGAAUUCAACCGCUGAUCAGUCUGAAAAUUUCAGUGUUAAGUCAUUCGAUGGUGAUGAGUACAGCGAUCACGAGAGUGGAAUUUUAUCGAUGGCUGAUGAUUCGGGGAGUAAUGGAACACUCAACAAUGAUGUCGGGGAUUCAGCUAAUUCACCGAGCUCAUUCAGGGCACUUCUCAUUAAUGAAUUGCAGAAGGGAAAGAGGUGUGAGCGAUGCGAGAGGUGUGACUGCAAUUCAUAUAUGAGUAUGUUAACCAUGAGUACCGAAGGGCCGAGAACGGGAUCACUCAGGAGUGAAAAGAUAUUUCUACAGGAGGAGAAAAUGAGUCUCGUGACAAAGUCCAUUUUUCGGCUUAUUGGGGAUGAUACUCAACUUAAUACCAAUACUGGGAGGGGUUUGAUUGAAAAUUCACCGGAUAGUGAGGACGAUACUCUCAAGGAUGUGUCUGAUAAAAAUCUUGAUAGUGAUUUUCCCAGUGAGGAGCGGUUUAGCUCAACUCCAAAAUCAUCCCCCAAAUCGUCACCCAAAAAGAUUUCCAUAUUGAGGAGAAUUUAUUCUUCUAAUUCAGAGCCACUGCACUGUGAUGAGAUUCAGGGGGAGGCGAGGGGACAUCGGGGGAAAAUUUUCGUUGAGGAUGAGGGGAGUGGCAAUCAUCAGUCGAGCGAUAUGAACGGUGUGCAGCUGGAUUGUAAUCUUUCUGCUAUUGAUGAAUAUAAAACAUUAUCUCAAGGUGAUUGUCGUGAUGCUGGGGGACAGUGUUUGAGGCCACUUGGGGGGGUGGAGGAGGGCUCUGAGGUACGACGACAGAGGGAGUCUUAUCUGGAGGUUGUGCUUGAGGAGGAUCAUAAUGGAGAAUUGAUAAUGGGUACUGGGGAAUGGGGUAAUUCGGGGAAGACACUGUCGUGUACUGAGACUGGGACUGGGGAGAGAUUUAAUGGUGAGUGUGGAGGUGACAGUAAAACCACUUCUACUGCAGUACUGGCAGAUUACAAUUACAAAUCUGGGGAAGGUACGAGUGGAGAUAUUGCUGGAGAUGUAGCUAGAGAGAGACUGUCAGGAGUUGAAAAUGGAGAAAUGUGUUUGUCAAGGGUUGAGGCAAGUGAUGGGGGUAAUUUGGUAUCGAUUGGCGAUGAUCGAUGCACGAAGUGUUUGGCAAUAAGUCAGUCGGCGGUAUUGGAAAAAAUUGUUGAACCUACUGUGGAAAAUCUGGCAAUUCGUUCGAGUGAAUUGAUUGAUAUCGAUGAGAAUACCCAGGACACGUUCAUUCUGGACACUCGAAGUGAUGAGAUUGAAACGUGUGUACAGAACACUAUCCGCGGAAUCGAUGAAUUAUCUCUAGCUGACACAAUUAUCAUGGAUCCGAGCCCAGACAAUAGCCGAGACAAUAAUGAUGAACCUUUGCUCGUGGAUGGGAUUCUGGGUGAUGAGCGCUCGUGUGUAAUGGAAGACAAACAAUUGUCUGAAGAUGCAAUCACUGGGGAUUUCAAUAGUGCCAACCAAGUCUCCGUCGUUGAUAAAAAUUCAACAGAUGCUGAAUCAAUAGGCGAGGGGAUAGGGGAGGAAUUUGGAAUGGGAAAUGGAGAAAUUGGUUUCGAUGGAAUUACGAUGGUGGAGAAAAAUACUGGUGAAUCUACGAAUUUACCCAGUGAAAAUACACGCGAUUCGGAAUUGCGUUUUGUUGAGUAUAUUGAGGAGACUGUCGUUAUUGAGGAGAUGAGAGAGAGUAGAAUAACUGACGAUGAUGAUGUCGCUGGUCAUUCAACUGGAGGUGUAGGGGUUGAAGAGGCUGGGCAAAGGGAGAAAGUAUUUGUAGAUGAUAAUGACACCGCUGGAAUUUCUGCAAUCGUUCAGAGGGAAACAGAUAAGGAUUCUCUCUCGGGUGUAGGUGAUGAUGAUGCUUCUGGAGUUCAUUCAACUGUCGAAAAGGAGUCUCAGAAAGUUAUUGAACAAUUUAUUGAUGAUAAUGACACCAUCAAGGCUUCAAUCGUGGAAAAAGAGAGUCAAGGGCCUGCGGAGAGUAAGGCCGUCCUUGCCAACGAUAAUGACAAUCCCCAAGUUGUCAACCAAAAUUUACCGAGUGAACAAUCUGAAUCACCUGAGGAAUAUCUUAAGGCUGACGGCGGUGAUAAUGAGGAUAGUGAAGCACUUUCCGCUACUGGGGAAAAAGUCGAAGAAAAUUUGAAGGACGAUGACUAUUCUGAGACGAUUGAUCAAAAUAACAGCUGUCCAGAUGUUCCAGAAGUUCAAGUCGAGCCUGAAGUACGUACUGACUCCUCUAAUAUUUAUCCAAUCACCCAGGACCCUCCAGAUUUAACGUCACUAAAAAAUUCCGAGGAAGGUCAUGAACUCAGUUCCCUCAACGACAACGAGGAGAUUGAAUUUUUUAAUUCUCCCGAGACUUCAGAGGAUGAAACAAUAAACGUCAUUAUAAACAAUCUUGAUCACGAUGAGGAGGUUGAAGAGUCUUCAUCAACCUCUAACAAAAUAAUCCCAAUGCCAGUGCGUCCAAAUGACGUGACUGAGUCAACAGAACCACCAGAACCAACUGAAAACGUGAUUGCCCUCGUAAAUCGAAUAAAACACUCUACAGAAACUUUGCCUAAUGAACUUAUCACUCUCCCGCCCGAUUUACCAACAACAGAAGUGCCCGUACCUUUCCCCAAGUGCUCCAGGUUAUUCGUGAAAUUAGAACGCCUUAACGCAGAUCUUGUCGCCAAGUACCUGAAGUCCCUUCCCCAGAAAUCAAAGGAGGAAAUGCCACAGUUGAAAAUUAAAAAACGAGUGAGAUUUUCAUCUGAGAUAAUCUACUUCGGGAGUGACGAGAUAAGACCUCUUAAAGACAUUCCAGAUGAGGAAUACACGGAUACCACUGAAACCGCAUUAAGCUGCGUUGACGAGCCUGAAACCGAGGAAACGAGUGAAGUGUUAGACAAAUUGGCUAUCGAGACAUCACAAACAAGCACCGAAUGGAAAGUCGAUGGAGGGACGCCACGAAAAGACUCAAAUACUGCUUUAACAAGAAAAAAAAGUAGAGAUUCGGACGAAGAUGAGCCAAAGUGCCACAAGCGAGUAAAAGUGGCCGAAAUUCAACCGGAAAUUAUUCAAUCGGAAACGAGUAAUCCACCAGAAAUAAAAGAGGAGAACGCGAGCGAAUCUACAGAUGAUCUUCCAGAGAUUGUGUACGACUCCAGGAGUGCAGCUAAUUCUGAGCAACAGAAGAACGUCAUUUCGAGGUCUUUUCCGCAGCUCAUUAAUGUGAUAGAAGUCAUUGAUGUACCAAGUGAUACACGAGACUCACGACAGCGUUCGGUAUUUCCUCCAGGAGUAAUGUCCGAAGUAAUAUCUGAAAGAAUUCUCGAAGCAGAGGCUUCACUUUUACCAUCAGAAAGUAUUCCAAGAUUGGAAUUCACUCGAAUGAGCAAAAUGCCAUCAAAGAGAUCUCGCUCGCCCUCGUCCUCGAUUCCCUCCGUAGUCUCGAUAAUAUCGCCACAAUCCUUGGAGAGUUCGAUUUUCGACGACAUCCAUCCUGCUCACUGCAAUCGUUACGUUAAUACGUAUGUGAUUCAGUCAGCUUACAGAACAAAGUACCACACAGUAAGUGUGGAUAAACGUCUAGCUCUCACCCAAAUAACAACGAGAGACUCAAAAUUACGAGCUAGAUCGAGUAAGGAGAGAUUUCUAGUCCAACUUGGCUUGUAUCCACUGAAUCCAAAUCUACAGGAGAACUGGGUGGUUGAGGACAGACACGUGGCCUAUAUUCAGCGUCAGGAGCCAAGAGUUAUGUUACAUCGAUUGAAUGCACCAACAUUAAAGCGUUACGGUUACAACCAUCGAUUCAAGUCCAACAGAUCUGGCAAACGUUUUCUCAAUGGCAACGACUUCAAAAUCCCAGCUUACGAUGGACCGGCGGAUCUCACAUCUAGUGAUUCAGAGACUAGUGACAAUGAGACUGAUAUUACAGUUGAGGAGAGAGAGAAAAGAGUGUGCUCGUACAAAUCGAUAAGAAAUAAAGAGAGACUGACAACACCCAGUAAGCGAAAACAUCCUGAAUCCCUUGAGGAAUCACCAGUAGCUGUUAAAUGCCUUCGUACAACACCAAAGCGAACACCGAGUAGGCCAAGUAUGUUGAAGAGCCCUGGUCGUUUAUCAGGGAAUUAUACCCCCCUUAAAAUAAUUGUCACGUCUCCCAAGGUACGUAGAGAGGCUUCUGAUACCACUGAACAGUUGACAAUUGAUGCUGAUGACGGUGCUUCGGCCUAUUGUCUCACACCAAGGAGGAGAGAACAGGGAUUGCAUGAGAAUUUACUACGUGGUAGGAUCUCACAAGCAACGCCUAUCCAAAGAUCAGGAAGUGAUCGUAAGCUGGAACUUACUUGUAUCGAGAAAUCGUCUCGAGAUGAUACUUCAGGGUGUGGAGGAACCAGGGAGAGUUAUUGUGAGGAAACUGUACGCGGAGUAUUAUCUGUCGGUCAGGAUGUAUCCAGGGACAUGAACGUUCGCAAGAAUCUUUUUACGAAGGGGUCAAGACUAUUAGAGGAUAUAAAUAUUUCACCGAAAGCCAGUACAUCCAGAGACAUUGAAAUUCAGAGGGAGAAUAUUGGGGAGGGGCAUUCAAAGGGACUUGCCGCUGAAAGGGGGAGUUUAUUUCUUGAUGAGGAAGAGGAGGAUUUCAGGUUGAAAUAUUCAACGUUAGAGAAGACAAUGUUGGGAGGGAUUGAGGAGGAAAAAGAGGAAGAAACAGUGCAAACAGAAUACGAAGAGGACAAUCUGUGUGACAUCACGUUCACUCAGUACAUAUGCUCGCAACUACCCAAAAUUACAAGGUCUUCGUCAGAGAAGAGCUCGUCCCAGACUCUGGGGGAUCCCAAGAAAUCAAUAAAAAUAAUCCCACGGUAUAGUCCACCGUCAGUCGAGAGAAUUAAUGCGACGAUGGCCUCCUAUGGCAUCCCAACGUGCAGAAACCCUCAGCCAUUCUUCAGUAAGCAGGCAGACGCCCCCGGACAGAAGGAAUUGGCUCACAGGAUGCUGAAGGUUCCUGGAAAGGGCCUGGCAGACGUUGUACCUCACAAAUCAAUUCUGGAGGACGUCACGGGGCUCAACCGCUGGAGAAGACUCAAGAUAAACGAAUUCCAUCCGUCCAAGGGAAAAAUCUUGGCAUCGAGCAUUCGUCAGAGCCUCGCAGGCCAUCGUUCCAUAAUUAUCGCGCCAUUAAUACUUCCGCCCUCUCUGAAAUCCGUGAAAACGUGGAUGAAGGCGCGAGAAUAUUUAAACCGUAAGAAGGACGAGAAAAAUCAACAGACAAAACACAUAAAACUUGAAACAAACACAGAGAAUCAAAACACAAGUAAAAGGGAAAAUGCUGAGUCUGAUGAGAACACUUCAGACUCAUCAGACUCAAGUAUCGUAGGUCCCUCACCCGAGAAAAUCAUUCAUUCAAACUCAUUAAGACUCCUCGGUCGAACUCCACGAAAUUACCAAGUUGAAAGAACUUUGCUCACUUCAACAUUCAAAACUUGGCAAUCAAUGUCACCGAUGGAGGCGGAAAAAUCAAUGAACGCAGACAAAAGUUACCCAGACGUGUCAGGCAGGUCAUCAAAUAAAUCUCUGAAUCCAUCCGUAAUGGGUAUGCUCGAGGAAUCAAAGCUGUUUAGAACUGAGAGCUCCAAUCAUCCGGGAAUAUCCUCCGGCCAGAUUGAAUGUGUGUCGAAUUCGACGAGGAAUGACGUAGAGAUGGAGAACAUGCAGAAUGCUAAAGCAGUCACAACGUACCAGUACAUUACACUCAUGUGUGUUGAAGUGCACGUGACGACUCGAGGGGAUUUGCUCCCCGACCCUGACCACGAUCCACUGUCAGCUAUUUUCUACGCAAUCCAGAGUGACGUACCACCAGAAUCACAGAUAAAACCAUUAGUCCAUGGUGUGAUAGCUGUUGCUCCAGAGGGCUCGACUAAAAUUGGUUAUUCCUAUGGUACCAGUGUACCCCUCGACAUCACACUUGUCCCUAAUGAAUCGUCUUUGUUCGAGGCUUUUAUAAAACUUGUCACAGCGACAGAUCCUGAGAUAUUCAUUGGCUGGGAACUCGAGGCAUUGUCCUGGGGCUACAUCUUCCAGCGUGCCGCAACCUUCGGUGUUAAUUUAAAUAAAAGAAUAUCAAGGAUACCUGGGGUUCAGUACAAAUGGGAGGCCACAACACCAGACUUGGAUGCACUUGGAGAAAUCAAGUUACCUGGUCGAGUGGUACUUGACAUCUGGCGAAUAAUGAGACACGAAAUGGCUCUGUUAAGUUAUUCAUUUGAAAAUGUCAUGUAUCACGUUAUGAAUGAAAGAAUACCGUGUCCUAGCUUUAGAACUCUCACUGAGUGGUGGGAAGGGGAUAUGAGGGUACGGUGGAAGGUUGUUGAGCAUUAUGGAGUAAGAGUGCUUGGCACUCUGAGAAUUCUCGAGCAAUUGGAUAUCAUCGGAAGAACCAGCGAGCACGCUAGGCUCUUUGGUAUUCAGUUUAAUGAGGUUUUUACCCGGGGCAGUCAGUUCAGGGUAGAGUCCAUUAUGCUGAGGCUUGCUAAGCCCUUGAAUUAUGUAGCUGUGUCACCAUCGCCUCAGCAGAGAGCCGCCAUGAGAGCCAUGGAGGCACUACCACUCAUAAUGGAACCCGAAUCCAUAUUCUACAGCGAUCCUGUUAUUGUUCUUGACUUCCAGAGCUUAUAUCCGAGUAUUAUAAUAGCACAUAAUUACUGUUUCUCCACUUGUUUGGGGAGAAAUGAACGGAUUGGCCAACAGCAUCCUUUUGAAUUUGGCGCAUCUGUUCUUAAAGUAACGAGAAAUACAGCUCUCAAGCUCCAGGGAAAAGUCAACUUUGCCCCUUGUGGUGUUGCUUUUGUGAAACCGGAAGUUAGAGUUGGGAUCUUGCCGAGAAUGCUUACGGAAAUACUGGAGACGAGAUUUAUGGUGAAGAAGGCUAUGAAGGAUCACGAUAAGAAUGAUAAGACACUGCAGAGAGUACUGCAUUCACGACAACUGGGACUUAAGUUUCUUGCGAACGUUACUUAUGGAUACACUGCUGCUAAUUUCACUGGACGAAUGCCCUGCAUGGAGGUUGGUGACAGUGUUGUUAGUAAAGGCAAAGAGACGCUGGAACGUGCAAUAAAACUCGUGGAGUCGACGGCCAAGUGGGGUGCGAGGGUUGUUUAUGGGGAUACGGAUUCACUUUUUAUUCUGGCGCCGGGAAAGUCCAAGGAUGAGGCCUUCAAAAUUGGAUACGAGAUGGCCGAGGCUGUUACUGCGGAUAAUCCAUCGCCUGUCAAGUUGAAGUUCGAGAAAGUUCUGUUUCCUGCAAUUUUGCAGACGAAAAAGCGUUACUGCGGUUACAUGUACGAGUCACCAGAGCAAGAGAAGCCGACGUACCUUGCCAAGGGUAUCGAGACAGUGCGACGUGACGGUUGCCCAGCAGUCUCCAAGAUCCUCGAAAAAACGUUAAAAAUUCUGUUCGACACGAAGGACGUCUCCCAAGUGAAGCAGUACGUCGUUCGCCAGCUGGAGAAGAUCCUGACUGGUAAGGUGUCCCUUCAGGACCUGACAUUUGCAAAAGAAUUUCGUGGUAUGCGUGGAUAUAAGGAGCGAGCUUGCGUUCCAGCCCUGGAAUUGACUCGUCGCCUCAUGAAAAAAGAUCCCCGAGCAUUACCAAGACACAGCGAGCGAGUAAAAUACGUGAUUAUAGCUGGUGCACCCAAUCAAGCGCUCAUUCACUGCGUCAGAUCGCCCUGGGAGGUACUAAAUGAUCCUGGCCUGAGGCCUAAUGCCGUCUACUACGUAACUCGGGUCAUAAUUCCACCCCUAAAUCGAUGCUUAAAUCUCAUGGGAGUAGACGUUAACACUUGGUACAGAGAAAUGCCACACAGACAUAUUUUACAUAAUCCCACUGCUCUACCAGGUGAUAAACAAAAACAAACGAUUUUCCAAUACUUCGGUAAUAUUGUUUGUGCUGCGUGCGGUCAGACUAGCAGCCGAGCUUUGUGCUACGAUUGUCACUCGAGACCGAGCGAUACGCUCGUUGUGCUCAAUGAAAAAUUGAGAUGGUUGGAGCGAGUAUAUGAACAAGCAACAAGCAUAUGUCAAUCUUGCACUGGACGUGGUGAUGCACCUCAGUGUAUAUCACUCGAUUGCCCAGUUCUUUAUCGUCGGGCUCAAGCACAAAGGGAAUUAACACAGGGAGCUCAAUUGGAGAGAAUAAUCAAACAGGAGAAUAUUGAUUUUUAAUGAAAAUCGUGAUAGUUUAUUUUAGGCUUCCAAAAAAUCAGGGGUUUGUGAGAAUUUAAUAUUGGGAAAUAAUCUUGAUAUAUUUUUUCAAACUCCUUGCAUUAUCCACUAUUUUCUAUGGUGCAAGAAUCUAUUAUUUUGAGGGAUUUCAUUAUUCCGUGGUGGAUGAGCGUAAUGUGUCUUACGAAUUGAUGAAUUGGCAUUGAUAAUGUUUUUACGAGGUAUAAUACAAAGUUAUUUUCUAAUACCAAAAUUUUUAUACUGAAUAAUUGGGGCUUGUAAAAGUGAUAAGGUAUAUAUUUUUCAUAGUGUGAUGAUUGAUUUUUUGGGAACAUCUUCCGUAGUUUUUACUACAAUGCUCUUUGCUCAUCAGUAAACCAGAAUAGGUUUAUCAAUUGAUUUAAGUAUUUCCUGAUUAUUAAUCCACCAAAGGUUUUGAGAAUUGCAUCACUCGGGCUCAUUCGCUUUCAAGGCCAAAAAUAUUAAAAAAUUUGGGAAUUCAGUUGUGCGGAAUGAAGUUCUUGCUAAUUCUCUUUGAGUUAUCGAUUUUCAGUCAUAAUGGUAAAUCGCACAUGGACAUAAUCAAUAGACAUUUGGGAAAGACGACUAAUGGUCGAGCUAGUGGUGAAAUUGAUGAAGAAUUUGUCGAAUGAACUCAGUACGCUUAGUUAACUGAUUUAAUUUCGUUAGAUAAUAAUUGAGAGGCUGAGAGAGGCCUCCAAGUGCCAUGUUCCUCAUUAUUAAUCUCAUGGAGAAUACUUACCGAAUUAAAGUUUAUCAUAAAGUAUAUUAUUGAUUGAAACACAUUGACAUAACUAAAAUGAAAACUUAUCGAUAUCAAAGGAGUCACAAGCCGCCGGCGGUCUGUGAUAGAGCGUUUGCACCUGAUUAAAUUAAUCGCGAGAAAAGUUAAAAUCCUUGCUGGGUGAAUAAAAAUUGUGUUUGGAUAUAUAAAUUCCGAGGAAUUUUUAAUUCGGUAAAAUGUACUGACUCCAGUGAUUGAUGCGUCACACUGACGGUUUUUGGGACAUUGAGAUGAAUAUAUUUGUGUAAAAAUUGGGUGAGAGACGAUGUGUAAAGUUAUUGGAAGCAAAUUACCGUUGAGUUUUGUCCCUUGGGGAGGAUUCCUCUGGGUUUCCAACAUCACGGGAGAUUGGAUUGAGAAGCAUCACAUGUUAUCUCGUGAUUUUGUGGAUACGAGGGUGAGAAUUAGUGCGGAAAAAUCAUUGUUCCUUGUGCGAACGCUGUAUGGGAGCUUCCGACGAUGGAAUCCAAUUUUUUUUUACUUCAGUCCAACUAUUAUGUACGUUCCUCGUAUUUGCUUUUCAAGCUGUGAGGUAUUUUCUCUUCACGAACAAUGCAUCAAUGCAUGCAAAAUAAUUCCACCCCCUAGGAUAUUCAUUAUAAUUUGAAAUUUGAAUAUUAAAAAUGUGGGGUAGACGUAUUUGCCUAGUAAAUUUUGGAAAAACUGGACUCUUGGGUUAACACGUUUGCAAAAAGCAAUUGGGGAAUAAGCCGACAUGUUACUCCACCAAUUUACUGAUUCCAUCGUCUUGUCCUCCCAGAAGGUGAAAAAGUGAUACACAAUGAUCUGUGGAAAAUAGUUGACAUGUAUAGGAAAUUGUAAAUUAAUCAUGGCAUCAUAGGUGAUGGAAUGUGACAGUUAAAUAAUAAACAUCACGUUUUUUUUUAAUUGAAAAAAUUAUGGAAAGUUCAUAAAGCAGAUCCAAUUGAAAAAAAAAACUGCAAAGCAAACGUUUUCGAUAGUUCGAUAGAUAGUUUUCCGAAUUUUUCACUUUUUAAAAUAAUUUACGGUGUGAAAAUAUUUUUUCAAUCUUCUGAAAACAAAUCAGGACCUCAAUUUAACAGCCCGUGAAUUCGAGAACACAUGGGAAUUUCACCUUUAAAAAAAAUGAAAAACCACUCACUGAUUGGAGAAACUCGUAGAAUUAAUUAACAACGAAAGAGUAUUCAUUGCGUUGUAUGUAUUACAUGAGUUUAUCGUUGUUAACCCAUUUGAUUGAUGAGUAAAAGGAAGCGACAUAAAAACGCAUAAAUAAAUGACGCGUGUGUGAUAUAGAUAUAUGUGGAUUAGGGAAGGGCAUUUAAAUUUUAAACAUACUCUUGUACAUAGUAUAUUCAUUUUUUCGUACAAAUGAAAGACUGCUAACGUAACUUCUCUACGCCACAUCCUAAAACGCGUAACGAUAAGUUAAUAAAGUGAAUGAGAUGAUUAUUCUAAAAGGAAAUAGUUUAGUUAUUGAUGAUGGAGAAAAAGAAUAUUAAUGAUAACACAGUCGUUGUUGAGGUGGGGCAUUGUUUCCGCAUUACUUCUUCUCAAUCCCUUAUGGCUCAUUGUUGUGAGUUUUAUUUUUGUACUUAAGUUGUUCCCAAUGGGCAUGCCCAGUUCGGCAUAUGCGUCACAAUAUCUUUUUAUUUUCGUUUCUAUAUUUCAAAUAUAUUUCAAAUUUAUCAACGCAGUGGUGAGAACAACCAAAAUUACUCUAUUGGCUUUAUUAUUGAUAGAAUGAAAUGCCUUUUCUGAUGACUGUGAUACAUGGUCUCAUUUGAGUUAUUAUAUCGUUUUUCCACCUUUGUAGAGUAAUUAAUAAAAAUGUAACUCUUGAGUAAAAUUAAUCGUGUAUUUACUUAUUCCCUGAAAUUUCACUUUAUGAGAAACAUGAAUUAGUAGAGAAGUUGCAGAAUUGUCGCCGUUUCACUAAUGAAUGAUGACGAGAGAAAUUUAGAGCUAUUUUUGCUCGUCCUACGCCCUCGCAAUCUUAUUCAAAAUUUAAUUGGCUAUUACAUUCUCAUUUUCACGUUGCAGCUUGGAAUGAAGUUUAAAAUUCAAUUAUUCAUGAAUUUAUGGGAUAUUCUGAAAAUAUUGUUUUUAAUCUUUUAAUUAUGUAGUGACAUUGAAUUUUUGCAAUGUAUUAUUCAAAUUUAAUAUUGUGUCAUUUGAAUUUUGUACACAGUGGAGAUUAAUAGCUCUGGCACGUGAAUUUCCAUAAUUUUCGAUUAACAUGGCAAAUUGAAAUUAAAAUAUUCAUUUUAUUUUCAUAAACUCAAUUCCAGUGGCGUAAGAAACUUGGAAAUUCCUCCUCAUCACUUGCUAUUAAAUUUUUCAGCGAUUUUCCCUGAAAUGCGAAGUGAGAAAAUUUUAUAUAUUAAAUUCAGGAAUAAAAAGAAGUCCACAAAGUAGAUUUAUACACUCAAUUUUUUAUUCACCAUAUUUCAAUCCUUUCAUAUGCGACAUUCCAUAAAAGUGCACUUUUCAUCACUCUGAAUUUGAUAAACAUCCAUAUACGAACAUUAAUAAACUUUUAGAUAAAUUCGGGUGCGGUUUGUUUUUGUGCGAGAAUAAUUCCAUAAAUUCAGUCUUGAUAUUCCCCAAUAAUGGCGCAAAAAAAAAUAAUCAAUUAGAAAAAUAGUGCUAGCCUAUUUGAAACAGAUGACCAUCGAUGACGAAAACCGCAAUGAUGG